AUGCAAUUUGACGAUACUACACCAGAUGAACUUUAUCAAAUCGAGCAGUUUGAGCUUAUUCCCUGCAGGAUAUGUUCUCGAAAGUUUCGAGCCGACAUUAUUGAGAAGCAUGAGAGCAUUUGUUUGAAGGCCUCAAAGCGUAAACCAAAGAUAUUUGACAGUGGAAAAAUGAGAGCAAAGGGUACGGGCAUUCCAAUUAGUAAAACAAUUCGACCGGGAGAAAUUGUACCUCGUGAACCUAAUAAAGACGAAAGGCUUAUAAGAGCAGAGAAGAAACGCGACAACUGGCGAGUUAAACACAAGGAGUUCAUCAACACAAUUCGAUCUGCGAAAGCAUAUCAAAAUGCGAUAUCCAAAGGUGGUCCUUCUAUGCCACACCCACUCCCCCCUUCUACAAUCGACCCAGACCUUAUACUGUGUCAGUACUGUAACAGGAGAUUCAAUGAGAGUGCAGCAGAGCGUCACAUCCCCUUUUGCAGGGAAAAAUCGGAGCGUGAAAGACUAAAGCAAAUUCCAAAUAGAUCAACGAAAAAGCCGAAUCAAAAGCCCGUUGCUACACUAAAUAGCACAUACCAAAGGAAAAGUGGACAAAUGAGCAUAUCAAUGACUCAGCAGCCACUGAAAUCCCCGGCUGCGUCGAAGGGUGAAAAGGGAGACGGUGAGCUGCGUAACGAAUUUUAUCUUAAGCUUACAAUUGGAAGUUACAAGUUACAAAUCAAAACUGCUGGUUCGCUGUCGAACACCACUCGGAGUCUUGAGUCACCUACCACCAUUAAGACGCCAGCAAAGAGGCCUAGCUCCCGAUCCUCAUCACGCAAGAGGAGUUCCAUGUCAUCUGCGAAUGCGGAGGCCGGCAUUAAAAAUCGUGGCAGGUAUGAUAAUUUCAAUUCAGGGUUCUUGCACGACAAACCUCACUCGCCUGCCCUGUCCUCUGGACCCGAAGAUGCUUGCAACAGCACCUUUGAUGUGGAAGACUCACAGCACCAGCUCUUAGCUUAUGUUACUGCAUUGAAAAGUGAUACAAAUCGGUCAGCGACCCAACUCCAUAUAUCUGGAGAUGGUCAUCAGUCUCUGCGUUCUCACUCGUCCCAUUCAGUAAAUUCGCGAGGUGCGAUUUCACGACACUCUUCUAUCACAACCAAUGGCAGUAUCAAAAAUAUUUCAUCAGGUGUUCCAAAAGAUCGUUCUCCUCCACUUAAUAAUAAUCCUGCCUUCCCCAACCAGGCAGCGACUCUCCGAACUGGACGAACAUACCAGCAUUACAUGGAUGCCCAAGCCUUUAGUAAUGACUUGGUAAAAUCUCAGUCUCCGCUCACAAGUACGGCCAACAAUCCUGUUGUUUGGCCUAAACGUGUUGGAUCAAGAAUGCCCCCACCACUGAUACCCGAGAUCGCACCAAUGAGCAUUAAAAAAGCCACAAGAAUUAGUAACUCCCACACUAGCAGGGUAACUAGCUCGGAUUCCUUCGGAAGUCGAAUAGACCUUGAUCGAGCUGAUCGAAUUGGAAAUAGAGAACAGAUAUUAGAAAGCAAUCAUAAAUUUGGAAAACCCAAUCCUCGUUGGGUGUUACCAAGUGGGAUUCCCGUUAGGGCAACUUAA